AUGGAGGCUCCGUCAAUGGACACUGUUUAUCAUGCUAUCAGUGCUUUAUAUGAUAACCCUAAUGCAACUGAAAAGGAAAAAGCUUCUAUUUGGCUCGGAGAAGUCCAAAAAUCUAUACACUCUUGGAAAAUAGCAGAUCAACUUUUACAACAGAAAAAAGAUGAACAGUCCUGCUAUUUCGCUGCGCAAACAAUGAGAUCAAAAGUACAACAUAACCUCUCGGAAUUGCCCUCAGAGGCUGUGGUAUCUCUGAGAGAUUCCCUAGUCGCUCAUUUAGAAAAUGCUUCAUCUGGAACGAGUAAUGCUAUUCUCACGCAACUUUCUCUAGCACUUGCUGAUUUAGCUCUACAAAUGCAGUCAUGGCAAAGUUGUGUUAGUGAUCUUAUUAAGUUGUUCUCACAUAAAAAUGAAUUUGCAUUGCUGGAAAUAUUGACUGUAUUACCUCAAGAAAUUGACUCGACAAACCUGAAGUUAGGGGAGAACCGUAGAGAAGAAAUUAAAAAUGAACUGAGAGCAAAUUCAAAUUUAGUAUGUUUAUUUCUUAAAGAAAGUAUAACAACAUCACAGAAUUCACAAAUUGCUUUGAAAAUAGUUAAAUGUAUGACAUCUUGGAUACAAGUGAGAGCCAUUAAUAUACAGGAUGUUCCACAAAAUGCAGUAAUAGGUUUUUGUUUGCAAGUGUUAAGGGAUCACAAUUCAAUAAAUCUGUUGCAUGAUGCAGCUUCAGAUUGUAUAUGCGCUUUAUUACAUUGUUUAGAGGAGAAUAACAAUAAUGAAGAAAUAGAGAGUUUGCUCUUUGAUAGUGUUGCGUCUUUAGAGGAAUGUUAUCAUAUGGCAGUGGCUCAUGAAGAGGAAGAGAAAGCUGUGAACUAUGCUAAAGUGUUUACAGAGCUAGCAGAAACAUUCCUUGAAAAGAUUGUGUACUGUACUGCAAAUGGAAGGGUUCAUUUUGCGAUGAGGUCCUUGGAAUUAGCUUUAGUUUGUGUGGGACACCAUGAUUAUGAGGUAGCAGAGAUAACUUUCAAUCUUUGGUAUCGAUUAUCUGAAGAAGUGUACCAGAGAGAUCAACAGCCUCUUACAGAUGCAUUUAAACCUCAUAUAGAACGGCUAAUAGAAGCCUUAGCCCGCCAUUGCCAACUUGAGCCCGACAACACUAAACUUCCAGAGGAAGGUGAUGAGUUCUAUGACUUCAGGAUGAAAGUAAUGGAACUGAUCAAGGAUGUAGUAUUCAUAGUUGGCUCGAGUGCAGUAUUCAGACAGAUGUUUGCGGCAUUACAGGCAGACAUAUCAUGGGAGCAAACUGAAGCUGCUCUUUUCAUAAUGCAGGCAGUUGCAAAGAAUAUUCUGCCGGAUGAAGAGGAGUAUGUGCCAAAAGUGGUAGAGGCGAUUCUAUCGAUGCCAGAGAAUAGCCACGUGGCGGUGCGGCGUACGUGCAUUCUGCUUCUGGGCGAGCUAUGCGAGUGGGUGGAGCGGCACCCGAGCUGCCUACAGCCGUGCCUGCAUACGCUAGUGCGCGCGCUGCAGCAUCACAGCUUGGCGCCGGCCGCGGCUACAGCGCUCCAGAGCAUCUGCAAGGCGUGCCGCGCGCAGGCGGCGGGGCACGUGGGCACGCUGGUGGAGGCGGCGCGCGCGGGCGAGGCGCUGGGCGCGGGCGCGGGCGCCACGCUGCUGCGCGCGCUGGCCGCCGCGCUGGGCGCGCUGCCGCCGCACCAGCUGCCCGCAGCGCUGCAGCACGCCGCCGCCGUGCAGCUGCAGCCGCUGCGCCAGCUGCUGCACGCGCCCGCCCAUGACAUGACCAAGGGCACGCGCUCCGACCCCGUGCUGUGGCUCGACCGCCUCGCCGCGCUCUUCCGCGACGUCGACGUGCCACCCGCCUCCGUCGCCGACCCGCACCCCUGCAUGCCGGCGCUCAACGACUGCUGGCCGGUGAUACGCGAUGUUAUGAAAAAGUGGGUGUCAGAGGGUCGCGUGAUGGAGCGCGCGUGCCGUUGCCUGCGGUUCGGGCUGCGCGCCGCGGGCAAGAGCUCGGCGGCGCUGGUGCCCGAGCUGUGCGAGGUGCUGCCGCAGCUGUACAACGAGCGGCCGCACGGCUGCGUGCUGUACCUGUGCGGCGUGCUGUGCGACACGGUGGGCGGCGCGGGCGGCGAGGCGCUGCUGGCGCUGCUGCUGGCGCUCAUGCCGCGCGCGCUGCAGCUGCUGCAGCCGCCCGACGGCCUGCGCGACAAUCCCGACACCGUUGACGACCUAUUCCGCCUUUGCAUACGGUACCUGCAGCACGUGCCGGUGGCGUUCCUGUCGUGCGGCGCGGCGGGCGGCGCGCUGCAGUGCGCGUGCCGCGCCGCGCGCCUCGACCACCGCGACGCCAACUCCUCGCUCAUGAAGUUCCUGUACGACCUGCUGCGCGCCGCCAACGACACGCCCACCAGCGACCAGCAGCAACAGAUACAAGGUCUGGCGAAUGAGGCGCUGUCGAUGUACGGCGAGGAGCUGACGUUCGCGCUGCUGGAAGCGGCCACGCUGCACCUGCACCAGUACAUGCUGGGCGAGGUGGGCGAGGUGCUGCUGGAGCUGGCGGCGUGGCAGCGCGCGCACGGCGUGGACUGGCUGCGCGCCGCGCUCGCCCGCCUGCCGCGCGACCGCGCCGCCGCCGCCACGGAGCAGCAGUGCUGGCACUUCCACCAGUACGCCGUCAGGGCUGAAAAAUGUAAAGAAAUGACACGACUAUUACGUGACUUCGCAAGACUUUAUCGAUAA